AUGUUGGAGCGCCUCAGCAGCCAAGAUCUGCUGCCGUGGAUCCUGGGUUCCUUGGACGCCCGCCACGUCUGGCGCGUCGCCCGGGGCUGCGCGGAGCUGCGCAGAACGGCCACGAGGCCGCAGAGUUUGCUGACGCUGGCGGAGAGCUGCAAGGUCAUGGAAUCGAAAGAUCCGUCAGUUCGAGCUAUGCUGCCAAAGGAGAAACAAGAGUGGACCCUGGAACGCCUGCAUUUGUGCCAAGAGCCACCGUGUUUGGCAGCCAUAAGUUUUGCCUUCGCCAGUGAUGCCAUCACCAUCAAUGCACAUCAUGAGCUGGAAAGGAUUGCAGGGAUUCUCGUGAAGCAUCCGGGCCUGAGGCUGAGCAUCGUCGGCACGGCCCGCCCUGACGCGCCGCCGGAGCUGGGCCUGGCGCUGUCGCAGGCGCGCGCGGUGCGGGUGCGGUCGCACCUGCUGGGUCUGCUGUCGGAGCUGUCGGAGCUGAGCAGCUGCCAGUGGCAGGAGGAGGAGGCCAUGGACUGCGGCGUGCGUGCAGGUGGCUAUGACGAGGGUGAAGAGAUCGAGGAUGCCUUAGCCUUCUAUAGCUGCCAGCGUUGGGUGGGGGACCGCAUUCGGGCCAUUGGGCGUUGGGAGCGUCACCGCAUGCGGGCGCACCUGCUGUGCUACAGCACUGGGCAGUGCGCCACGAUUGACGUUGCGGGCUUUGACUGGGGAGCCUUUAUAGAAAAACGUCCCCGAUACUUGGACACCCUGCACUUCGCGAUGCCUGCAGCCGUUGUUGGCUCCAGGGCCGAUCAGAUUAGGAAGGUCUUCUUGGAGGCACCAGAGGAUUUGAGCGCCGAGGAUGUGCAAAGCAUGGAGGAGAGCCGGGAGGCGCAGGAGAUCAGCGUGGAGAUGCCGGAGCAGGUGCUGGAUGCGUUUCCGCCCAUCUCCUCCUUUGAGGACCUGCAAGGCAUCCUUCCAGACUAUGCCUACGAGGGCCUCAAUGCUAUGGGCAUUGAGGUGCCUAUGCCCAUCCAGGCCAGCUGGCCGCUGAUGGCCCUGGCGGGCCUGGACGUGGUCGGCAUCGCCAAGACCGGCAGUGGCAAAACUUUGGCCUACGUGCUGCCGGCCUUGGCGCACCUCGAGGCGCAAGCGCCCAAGCCCAAAGGUCAAGGGACGCCCUUGGCCUUGGUCCUGGCGCCCACGCGGGAGCUGGCGGUGCAGAUCGCCGACAUGGCCAAAGCGGUGACCCAAUUCUCCGGCAGUGGCAGCAAUCAUCCAGGCGGUCUGUCCUCGGCAGUUCUUUAUGGUGGUGGCCAGGGAAGCAAAGCCUGGCAGGUGGCGGAUGUCCGAAACGCAGGGCAUCUGGUGGCGGCAACACCGGGGCGCUUGCUGGAUGUCAUGGAUAGCAGCGAGGUGACCUUGGAGCGGGUGACCUUGCUGGUGCUGGACGAGGCGGAUCGGAUGUUGGAGUGCGGCUUCGAGGAGCAGGUGGGGCGCAUUGGAAAGACUGUCCGAAGUGACCGACAGACGCUGUUCUUUUCGGCGACAUGGCCCACUCAAGUGCAGCACAUGGCUCAACUAAUGUGCAGCAGCGAUCUGCCACCGGUGCGCAUCCUGGCGGGCCAGCGGACGGAUGGAGAAGGACCCACUUCGCGAGAGGAUAUCCUGCAGGAGGUGGUGGUCUUUGAGCAGCCCACAUGGGAGGAACGAGACAAUGCGAAGCAGGAACUUCUGUACGCGCACUUAAGAGAGGUUUUAUCGGACGAGUCGCACAAGACCUUGGUAUUUGUGAGCCGCAAAAAUUUGGCGGACACACUGGCGAACCGUUUGAAAAGCGAAGGCUUCCGUGCCAAUGUCAUGCAUGGGGGCAAGAGCCAAGAUUCGCGACUGAAUACCUUGGAGGGCUUCCGGAAUGGCGAGAUCCAACUGCUGGUGACCACCGACGUCAUGGGCCGCGGAUUGGACAUCCCCGGCAUCUCUCACGUGCCGUGGCGCAGAAAAGAUGGGGAUUUUACCAGAAAGCAACCCACUUUACCAUUAAAGGUGGGGAAAUCUGGUUUAAUGGGCUGGUUUCCCAUGCCAAGGAUGAGUAAAAUAAUUUGUGGAGAAAAACACUUUGGCAGGUCAGUUGAUUGCCCCAACUUUCCGAAUGUAAUUUGCCGUCAAGUUGGGAGUGGGGUAAUUGGGAUCAUGAACACGAUUGACAUUAUGGUGGAAAGGCAAAGGUAUGUAUGA